AUGUACCAAAGUAUGUUGUGUUCCACAGAACCAGAUUUGAAGCUGGAUCCGUAUACUGAUAUGGAAUUGGGUGAGAAAGUGGACACUGCUACCUGGUUAGCAUGUGCCACGGAUGUGGGCCAGUUGUGUCAGACCAGNGAAUUGGUGGAGAAAGUGGACACUGCUACCUGCCCCGCCAAAGGGAGCAAGAAACCGAAACCGAACCCGCCGAAAACGUACGCGAAUGCAGGGAUGGCCGAUUCUGACCCCACCAACCGAGGUUGCAAGGUGACUAGCAAAGGGAAGACAGCACUUGGUUCUGCUGUAUCGCGAGUAGUCAGGACGCUCAUUGCCGAAGCCACUAGUGUUGAACCUUUUGACAAAGGCAGGAGUUAA